ACCAUUUCAACGAAACAACGACGACAAUGGCGGAGGAGAAGAACACUACUUCAUCGUCGGCGGAGAAGAAACCGACGCCGGGGAUCGGAUCGGGUUCCGGUGGUAAAAGGAUUCCGUAUUAUAACCCACCGGAGUCGGUGAAUCCGGAUCAGGCGACGCUAAGGGAGCAGUGGAAGUUCGCGAUUCGGCAGUAUAGCAAAUGGUACUCUCACGCUUGGGGGACUGCGAUUCUCGCUGGAGGACUCUUCUUUGGACUCGGUUGGAUCAUCAAGGGCUCUAAUCCUCUUCCUUCUCUUCAGUCGAGUUCUAAGCCUAAGCCACCUCCUCCUGGACGCGAGGACGAGAAAAAAUGAAUGAUUCUGUGUCUGCGUUUUUUACUGGUUGUGGAAAGCAUGAUGAGACGCGAGAUGGAGCAUCAACAAUGACACAUCUUCAUGUAUAUUACGAAGAACAUCGAUCGUUAGAAGCAGAGAGAGAGCAGAAGGCAAGAAAUUGUAGAGUUAAAAACUUUAAUGUCAGCUUUGUUUGUCUGAUAAUUCCAAGAAUGUAUACAAAUUUGCAGGAAA